AUGGAAACAAAGUCAUCCGCUUCACCAUCGGUGAACGAUGCCGAACUCGAUCAGUUUGUUUACGAGCACGAUAUGCUCAAACAACAAUUGGAAACUCCAAAUGAAAAUGAACCUCACCAUUUGUUGAAACAGAUUGAUGAAUGGAAAAAAGACUCGAUCAAUAAAAUUAAUCAACUUGCUGAUCAGUGCCGGGCUGACGUUAACCAACUGCUGGAUAAAAAUAAGGAUCAGCUCAUUAACAGGUUUCGCAAAAUAACGAAUGAGACUCGUAAAGGUCAAAAAGAUGACGAUUACGACGAAAGAGAUCUCAACAUGUGGAUGACUCAGAUAAAAGAACUAAAAGAUGAACUAACCAAACAAUCGAACAUCUGUAUCGCAGUGGAUAAACAACAAUCUGAAUGGAUUAAAAAGAUCAAAGUACAAGAAGCUUCCCUCCAGCAAGCAAAUGCGGAAGAUAAACCACCAUUCGACAGAGCUGGUAUUCAACAACAGAACCCUACCAUUGCUGCAUCGGCAGCACCGAAAAUUCCUUUUCAAAAGGAAACACCAGCAAUUGUUAAAACCGAAAAAGGGGAUCAGUGUGCUUGUGGUGAAGCACAUUCACUGAUUAUGUGA